AUGCUUCCCUCAAUGAUCCUCAUGGCCCUCAUCGCCCAAGCCAGCGCCCAAUCCCUCGUCACCUACAACUGUAACACCUUCCAAGCCGCCUGCGCCCAAGACGUUGCGGACGGCAAAACCGCCGACUCCGUCUGCACCUCCAGAUUCACCGCCUGCGAAUCCUGCGCGACCCAGGAGCACAGCUGCCGCGUCGGCGCCGGCGAAAACUACUCUGCCCAGCUGAACUGCACGCCCGCAGCGCAGAUCUGCUACGAGCAGGCCGUCUCCGGCGGCACGACCCUGGGAUACUACGGCUGCACCGAGGCGUUGGAGUCGUGCAGCAAUGCCCCGAUGACCAACCAUUCGUUCUGUGCUUCUCAGCAUUCGGCUUGCGAGGCUUGUCAGGAGGAUGAGCAGACGUGUCGGAAUGCGCCUGGUGCGAACCAGAGUCUUUGUUCGAGUGAGGCUGGGACUUGUUUUGAGAAGGCUAUGGAGUUGUAG